UGGUACAACUUACAUGUACAAGCCACAAAUACAGUGGGACCUGUAUUUUUUAUAUAGUACAUGUACUUCUCAGUGCUAUCUACAACACUUUAAAGCAACACUGGCUUUUCCACUCCAAAGAUACGCGUGUAUGUAAAAUGGGGAAACAAGACAAUUUCAUACGCCCCCUCCACAAACAAAUCUCUGCUGUCUGGACUAUGACAAGUCUAUGAAUGGGGAAAUUCCCGGAUGAGAAAUGCUGUAUGUACAGAUAAUUCAUUGCAUGGGCACGGGCUUCCCCAAGGCCGCACAUUGCCGAUGCUGCUGGUUGUCUUUUCCCCCAAAAUUGGUACUUUAAUUUCGGCAGAAGGAUUAAAGCUUUUUAAAGGGACAGAAAAACAAAAUGGCCGAGGUGACAACAGAGGACGUCCUUCACAAGAUCAGCCAGGAUCACCUGGAGUGCACAAUUUGCUUCCAACGCUUCAAUCGUCCGAAAUUCCUCAACUGUCUCCACACCUUCUGCUGUGAAUGUCUCGAAAACUACAAACGUAGCCAGCACUCUCAGAGCCCAACAAUUCCAUGUCCUCUCUGUCGAAAGGAAACUGCCGUGCCCAGCAAUGGAGUAUCCGGUUUGUCCGACAAUUUCUCCAUGGCUGCACUGGUGGAGGAAUUCACGCACCAGGAGAGCCUCGUGAGGAGGCAGAAGUCAAGGAUCGUGUGCGAAGUCUGUGAGGAGGAUGAGGCUGUAUCCCGAUGUACCGACUGCAAGGAGUACCUCUGCGGGGAGUGCCAACGGGCACACCAGCGGGCGGUGAAGACGAAGAAACAUGACAUUGCAACACUGGAGGACCUCCGGUCGGGGAAGGCUAUCUUCAAGAGCAAGAUGAGGGACGAGAUACCCAAGUGCAAGAAACACACAAGCCAAGAUGUGUGCUUCUUCUGCAGCACGUGCAAGGUCCUCAUCUGUGCGGUCUGCACAGCUCUCGACCACAGCAAACCCUUGCACGCGUACGAAGACAUCGAUGCUGCCGAGGCUUCAUUACGGGAGGAAGCCAAACUGUUGCAAUCCAAGGCAAAAGACAGCAGACAGAAAUUCCUUGUGGCCAAGGAUUUUGUGGACACUGCUUCCGAGAGGUUGGAAUUGAUGCUUGCCGACACAUCAGCUGACAUUACGCAGAGAGCAGAUGAGGAGGUUGCCAGGAUAAGGCUGAAGGAGGCCAGCUUGAAAGAAGAGGUGGCUGCCAUAGGAAAAGAGAAGGCAAAGCUGUUGAAAAAUGCCCAGGAGUCCUACUGCGAGAACCUCAAGUGGACCCAGGGCACGUUGGAAAUGGCCAAGACCGUUCUGGAUCAGUCCAGCUGCUUUGAGCUGCUGGAGUUGAAAGAAAACCUUCUCUGCAACUUGAACGACAUAACCGAGCUUAAGAUUCCAUGCCCAAAGGAUAGUUUGUCACCUUUCAUUGAAUUCAAGCCUACGCAAAUUAAGAAGGUUUCACUGGGCAGAAUUCUUCUCAAAGAGAAAUGGUCACUGAAGGCACACUUUGACGGUAAGGUUGAUACUGGCAAGACGAAAGGAGGGUUCAAGAUGGCUGCCAGCGUCGCAACCUUCACUAACAGCAACAUAGUUGUUGCAGAUUUUGAAGACUACAAACUGCAUUUUUUCACUCCCCAGGGUCAACACAAAUCUGAAUUUGAUGGGUCUCGAGAUAAGUGUGAUGGGCAGCUCCACAACCCUUAUGAUCUUGCAGUGACCCCAGACAACAAGCUUGUCGUGAUCGACAAGCCUAACGUUAAAGUCUUUGACGCAACCAACACAAACAACAUCAAGUACUUGUUCAGCUUCACACCCUCCCCUUUCAACUUCCUGGCAAACAAAGCAUGGAGUGAUCUCUCCUGCAUUGCAGUUGAUGAAAAGAACCACAUUGCAGUCGGCGAUAAAGGAAGACAGAUCAUCUCCCUCCAUGAAAUAGAUGGCUCCUUGACCAGCGAGGUGGAGGCAGAGCUACUUGACAGACGGCUGGCCAUCAGCAACAAGGGGCAACUCAUCUACAGCAACUACCAACAGGCCAAGUUGGUCUCCUUGGACUUUGACGGACGGGAGGUGUUCAGUCUUGACACCGUCGUGGAAGGGAAGCAGAUGAAGCCUGCAGGGAUGUGCUGCGAUCACCACGGUGAUAUUUUCAUCAUCCUACAUGCCAGUGAUGAGCACGGUACUGGACAAAUUCACCACUACAGUGCUAGUGGGGUUUACAUGGGAUGCAUCGCCACCGGUCUAUGGAACCCCCUGGGGCUGGCACGCACCCUGGCUGGUGAACUUGCAGUAGCUGAUAUGCUUUCCGUGAAGAUUUACCAUAAAGAAUGAGAGUGAUAUGACUGUAAUGAUACCAUUUUGGGGCAAUUCUGAAGAGAAGGGGGCAUACAUUUAGUCUAUAGACUAAAUAGCAAAUUUCUUUAUUCUUUGGACUAGAACAUUUACACAAGCACCUCAACGACAAACGUCUAAAAUUAGAACACCACCUUCCAUUUCUCUGCUACAUGUAAGCAAUUGAGAAGGAAAGUACAUAAACCGGUAGUUAAGUGGCUUUGGGGGUUAAUAAAACACGUUAUUAAUGAU